CGCUAGGUGGCGGUAGUGCACUCUCACGCUCUGCUCAGCACCGAUCUCUUCAGAAAAAAGAAGAAGUCAAGAUGGCAACUGCCACAAUGAAGGGACCUGUAGGGGUCGAAGACGUGGUCGUGACUUUUGAAGACCAACAGAAGAUCAACAAAUUCGCCAGAAACACAAGUCGGAUGUCGGAGCUCAAAAAUGAGAUAGAGUCAAAGAAAAAAACACUGCAGAACCUACAGGAUGCCAGUGAUGAGCUGAUGAUGUUGGACGACGACUCCUUGUUGGUCCCUUACCGGAUUGGUGGCGUCUUUAUUGGUCACUCCCAGGAGGAAACGCAGGAAAUGCUAGAAGCUGCGAAGGAAGCCUUGGAGCAGGAGGUCAAAGGCCUGGAGGAGCGAGUGUCAGAGAUCCAGCAGGUGCUGGGCGACCUGAAGAUCCAGCUUUAUGCUAAGUUUGGUCAUAAUAUUAACCUGGAGGCAGAUGAGAGCUAAGCACCCAAACGGAAUCUGGCUUUUUUUCAAAAUGUGGACUUUUGCUUUUCCUCCCAUCCAUGAUGACGGCAACAAAACAUGAACAUGGAUGUUUUACGUUGUAGGUUCUGGCCUGCAUUCACACUGAUGCAUAUGUCUGUGCUUUGAUAUUGGAAGGCAAUUUCACAAAGACAAUGGAUUUGGUUAUUUAAGUAUGCAGAUAAUCUCAUAUGCAUGUACUUAAUACUUGUGUUUUUUUGCUACUGUUGAUCAAAUGGAAGUAAAAAAAAAAGGUGGAACAUGA